GAAUUUACCGAAAAUGCUGCAACUAAAGAUGAAUAUGAGGAGGCUUAAAAAUAAAGUUAUUGAACUUGAAAGGCAGUUGGCAAAAGAAAGAGAGGGACAACUUGAGGCUGGGAAAGAACAGAAAAGAAAGUUUACUGAACUUGCGGCAGUUAUAACAGAGCAAAAACAGGAGAUAAAAAGACUCAAGAUAGAAGACUCUCCUCAACAAAAACAGUUAGAGUAUGAAAAGGCUAAAUCAGGUUGUCGUACUCAUUUGAUAGAACAUUAUCGCAGUGACGUACUUAAAGUAUCAGCAAUACCUUUACAACCAGAUGAGGAAAAUUAUAAUUUCAGUGACGUUUAUAUUAGACCCACUAUAACAAGCAAGAUAGAAAAGAAUAGAGGGGAGUCUGAAGAAAAAGAAAUAAAGACCAUGUCAGAGAUUUUCAAAAAGAAUGGGGAACCACAGAAGUUUAUUUAUGUUGUUGGAGAUGCAGGGUCUGGUAAGAGUAGUUUCUGUAAAUAUUUGAUCAACUGUUGGUGUAUGGCACACAGUGAUGGACACAAUGAAGAUGAUGAGUUUGAAGGAGUCAAGGAAAUGAAGAAAUUUGAUUCCAUGUUUUAUAUUUCUCUUAGACAUAACAUAAAAAAGCAAAGUAUCCAAGAAAUGCUUGAAAUGCGAUAUGAUAAGAUAAAAAUUUUAAGUAAACUUCUGGAAAAUGAUUCUGAAAAGAUAAUUAUUUUGCUUGAUGGUUUAGAUGAAUGGUCUUUUGCCUGUGAGACUAGGAAUGAGUUCCAGGCAGGUCUUCCGGAACGUGACUUUACAAAGAAAUACACAAUUGUUACUACCUCACGGCCAUGGAAAAUUCACAGUUUGAGAGUAAGUAAUAGAGAGAUUCAUCAAUUAUUGACAUUAAAAGGGUUUGAUAAAACACAUGAAAAAGAAAUGAUUAAGAAAACAAUAACAGCAAUGAACGAAUCAUUAGAUCCUUAUGAGUGUGAAAAAAAGCUUGAGAUACCGUCUGUGGUUGGCCUGAAACAGGUACCAAUUAUGCUGCAGCAAUUGGUUUGUCUAUGGUGUGAUGGUAAACUCAAUAAAACGUCAAGGUGUGCUAUUUAUACUGGUAUGUUAGAACUUUAUUUCACCUGGAAUAUCAAUAAAACUUUAGGAAAUAAUACAGAAUGUAUGGAAAGUUCUCAGAAUGUUGAACUCCCUCAGUAUUUAACAGAUGUAGAGAAAUGUAGAUCAAAUAGUCAUCUUAUAUAUGGUGUGUCACGCUUGGCUUAUGAGACAUUGUUCAACUACCCGAAGGAUAAGUCCUUAACAUUUGACAAAUAUGUGUUUGAUGAUUUGAAAAGAUCACAAGAAGUGCGAGAAACAUGUCUGAAACUGGGAAUUUUGACAGAAAAUAAAUGUCCUUCUUUUUCUGUAUCCAAACCUAAAAGCUCUGUGUUCUCUUUCAUGCACAAAUCAAUGCAAGAAUUUCUGGCUGCAGUGAAUAUCGGUAUCAAUUUCAGUGCAAAAAUUGGUAUGUCAGAUAGUACAGGAAAUGUUGAAUUAGCCAAGAAAUUUAUUAAUGAGGUUUUUCAGAAAUGUUCAACAGUAAAUGACAUAUUAGAGCAGUCAAAUGUCAUCAUUAUGCUAUCUGGUCUUGAACCUAGAUUAGCAACACAUGUUUCAAAAUGCAUAUAUGAUACUGUGUCAGAAGACUCUCGUGUUCAGGAAUACAGGAGAACACUAAGUAGUGACUUUUUUAAUGAAAUUAGUAGGGAUCAUCGUUGUAUUACUGAUAUUCAAAAGCUUAUGUUUGAGUCAAUGGAAGAAUUCAAUGCAGCAUGUAGUAUAGGAAGUAAUACUGUGUUUUAUAUAGGAGAUUUGGUCAUUGGUAGACAGGGUCAGUAUUGUGAUAAUGUUUGUUCAGGUAUUGAUCAGCAUCAAAUUGUUCCUGACUCUGUUCUGUCUAUAAAGGUAGAUAAAAUCAACACAGAAAAUGUUAAAUUUACAAAAUAUUUACCAAUGUUUCAUCAUCUUGAAAACAUUAAAAUAACAUAUGAUGAUGAUUCACAAAGGUUAUUUAGUACACAAAGUAAUGAACCAUUCAUUCAAAAGAUGAUGAUGAUUGAUGAGGUAAACAAUUGUGUUUCUGAGACAAUUAAAGUAAAUACUUCAACAUUAAAGUCUCUGUCUUUUGAUGUCUCUAACACUGACAAGCAUUACCCAGUGUGUAAAACAGUUGUUAGUUACCUACCUAGUAUGAUCAAUCUUGUAGCAAUAAGUAUGAGUGGUAUAACACUGAGUCAUGAUGAUACUACUACAUUUUGUAAUUUUCUUGAGACAACCAGUCAUCUUGAACAAAUAUAUCUUUUUAAUGUUGAAUGUGAGUGUAGGAAGCAGCAUGAUGUUAACUUAUCAAAACAUCAACAACUUCAGUACCUUUAUUUGUAUGAUAAUGUUAGAGUGAUAGAUGCUGAUAUUACAAAUCUUGAAAUAUUUAAAUUUGGUAAAGUGAUUUAUAGUAAUUAUGAGAAAAUAUUUGAUAUUAUUAGAAAAUCUUACAAAUUAAAAGAACUUGAAUUGUAUGGAGAUUUUGACAAUAAAUCUCAAUUAUAUCAUACCAACAUAACAAAGAGAAUAGUCACAGUAUUACCAUUGUUACACAAUCUCAGUAGGCUUGAGUUAGAGUAUUGUAGGUUAACUGACAAUAUAAUACAGUUACCUUUAGAGAUGAAGAGUUUAAAGAACAUUAAUCUGGCUUGUGUAGUUAUGAGUUUGACAACAUGUCAGAAGUUUGUUGAUAGUCUUCCUAGUAUUCCUCAUACUGUAGAUGUGAUUGUAUCAGACUGUUAUAUAACAGGAGAUGGUGAGGAGGUUAAUGAUCAUAGGUUAACAUCGACAUUACAAAGAGAAGGGAAGGGAAAUGAUGCUAAACAGUAUGUUAAAGAUAGAGAUCAGUUAUUUCAUGUUAAAUAUGAUGAUGAUAAUUGGUUUAUAUUUUCAACAAAAAAGUGAUAAAAGUGUCCAUUUAGUAUACAUGAAGUUAACAUAUAGUGUUAAAACUAAAUUAUUGCGUGUUAAAAGAGAUGAUAACUUGGAUUUUCAUUUUCAACAAAAAAAAAAUGAUCUGAAUUUUUAACAUAGUGAGAGAGAAUACGUGCAGUUAACAUAGUGCUGGAUCUAAAUUAUUUCAUGAUAAAAGACAUAAUUAUUAAAAUAAACAUUAUCAGCAAAAAGGUUCUAAAGUUACAUAUUGAUGUUAAAUAAUGAAUGUAAUACAAUAUGAUAAAUAGCAAUCAUCAAAAACAGUUCAAUAAAUAUCAAUUUCUGAUCAUUGUAGUAAAAUUGAAAUUGAUUAAAGUAAUAUUCAAAUGUGUAUUUAAAUAAAUAAGUGAAAGAAUUGCAGUGAAAUAUAAAGAAAAUAUAGGUAACUGAUCGCUUUCGUCCGGCGUCCGUCCGGCGUCCGUCUGUCUGUCGUCUUGCGUCCGUCCGUAAACUUUUGCUUUAAAUGACAUCUCCUCAUAAACCACUGAGCCAAUUUCAUCCAAACUUCAUAGGAAUGUUCCUUUGGUGGUCACCUUAAAAAUUGUUCAAAGAAUUUAAUUCCAUGCUGAACUCUGGUUGCCAUGGCAACCGAAAGAAAAAUCUUUAAAUAUCUUCUUUUAAACAACCCUAAGAGCUAGAGCUUAGAUAUUUGGCAUGAAACAUCUUCUAGUGCAUGUCUACCAAGUUUGUUAAAAAAAAGCCCUGGGGUCAAAAUUGGCCCCGCCCCAGGGGGUCAUUGAUUUUCCCUAUAUGCAUAUAGUAAAAACUUAAAAAAUCUUCUUUUAAAGAACUGUGAGAGCUAGAUCUAAGAUAUUUGGCAUGAAACAUCUUCUAGUGAGUGUCUACCAAGUUUGUUAAAAAAAAAGCCCUGGGAUCAAAAUUGGCCCCGCCCGGGGGGGGGGUCAUUGAUUUUCCCUAUAUGCAUAUAGUAAAAACUUAAAAAAUCUUCUUUUAAAGAACUGUAAGGCCUAGAGCUAGAACAUCUUCUAGUGAAUGUCUACCAAGUUUGUUAAAAAAAGCCCUGGGGUCAAAAUUGGCCCCGCCCUAGGGGGUCAUUGAUUUUCCCUAUAUGCUUAUAGUAAAAACUUAAAAAAUCUUCUUUUAAAGAACCUAAAGAGCUAGAGCUAAGAGAUUUAGCAUUCAACAUCUUCUAAUGAGUGUCUACCAAGUUUGUUCAAAUAAAAGCCCUGAGAUCAAAAUUGGCCCUGCCCAAGGGGUCAUAGAUUUUCCCUAUAUGCAUAUAGUAAAAACUUAAAAAAUCUUCUUUAAAAGAACCAAAAGAGCUAGAGCUAAGAUGUUUGGCAUGAAACAUCUUCUAGUGAGUGUCUACCAAGUUUGUUCAAAUAAAAGCCUUGGGGUCAAAAUUGGCCCCGUCCCGGGGGGUCAUUGAUUUUCCCUAUAUGCAUGCAUAUAGUUAAAACUUAAAAAAUCUUCUUUUAAAGAACUGUAAGAGCUAGAGCUUAGAUAUUUGGCAUGGAACAUCUUCUAGUGAAUGUCUACCAAGUUUAUUCAAAUAAAAGCCACUGAGUCAAAAUUCAUUGAUUUUUCCUAUAUGCAUAUAGUAAGAACUUAAAAAAUCUUCUUUUAAAGAACCCAAAGAGCUAGAGCUAAGAUAUUUAGCAUGAAACAUCUUCUUAUGGGUGUCUAUCAAGUUUGUUCAAAUAAACAAAUAAAGGCCCUUGGGUAAAAAUUGGCCCGAGGGGGGGUCUAUAUACAGGUGAGCGACCUCAGGGCCAUCAUGGCUCUCUUGUUUAAAGAUCAGGGUUAGUUUGUGAAAAAUAUAAUUUGAAAAAGUAAUAGGUUCUUUGAAUUAUAAAUACAUAAAUAGAUAAAUAGAUUAGCAAGUAAAUAAAUUAAUGAAUAAGUAAAUAUAAUAAGUAAUUUGAAUGGAAAUAUCAUAAAACAGAAAUUUAAUGUACAAGGU